UUUGGCACUAAAAGUAAAUGCACCUCACAUCAUCUGCCAACCCGACCGAGACGACGUCAGCUGUUUCUCAUCACUCCUUGGAAUAAAACCCUCCCACCGUUUGCACGCACUCCUCGAGUCGUUUUAACACUUUCACAUAAGUCAUAUCAUACCUCUGCCGUUCGUCGCGCAUCUUCCAUUUCGAUACACCUCUUGUCAAAGACACUUCCUUUACCGCCCACAAUGUCUUUCCAAGAUAAAGCUCAACACCACAUUGGUGCCAUUGACAAAGAGCUCUCCCGAUACCCCGUCCUCAAUGACUUCGAGAAGCAGACGAGCGUUCCCAAGGUUUAUGUCUUCCUCGGCCUUGUCGGUGUCUACUGCUUCCUGGUCUUCUUCAACAUUGGAGGCGAGUUCCUCGUCAACUUUGCCGGCUUCGUGCUCCCUGGAUACUACUCGCUAGAAGCACUGUUCAGCACAAGCAAGGUGGAUGAUACUCAGUGGUUGACAUACUGGGUUGUCUAUGCUUUCCUCACGGUUGUCGAGAGUGUUAUCAAUGCUGUCUACUGGUUCCCCUUCUACUAUGUGUUCAAGUUCAUCUUGAUCCUUUGGAUGGCUCUCCCAAUCACCAACGGAGCCCAAAUCGUCUUCCGAUCUUUCAUCCAGCCAGUCUUCUCUCGCUUCUUCAGCCAGACCGGCAGCGCCUCCGCGGAUCUCCGAGGCAAGGCUGAUUCCGCUUUCAAGACCCAGUAAACGAGUCAAAUUGUCUUACCAGAACAUCUCACGUGAAGUGGAGAGUAUCGCGGACUCUUGAAGCGAACAACUCUGGAUUGCCAAUUGGUGCGGGCGGAGAAGAGCGACUGGAAUCCAGUGAUGAUAGGGGAAGGUUGCUGUAGAGAACUGCCGCAGGAGACCUCAUGGCGGUGGA